UGAUGAGGAAGGAAAAGGGCUGAGAGGAAGGAAGAUGAGAAACCAAGGCUCUUUGGAGUCCAUCUGGGCCUAAACUCUGUCGAAGAUGCACUGGACACCAGAACAUGCACAGCCCCUCAACCAGUGGGCAGAUCAGCACCUGGAUGUCUCUUCUACCACUCCGUCACCAGCCCACAAGUUGGAGCUGUCCUCUGCGGGCCGUCAGCGAUGCCACUACGCCUGGGCCCACGAUGACAUCUCUACCCUCACAGCCUCUAAUCUCCUCAAGCGCUAUGCUGAGAAAUACUCAGGUGUCCUCAGCUCUCCUUAUGACAGGCCUGCCCUGGGUGGCUAUGCUGAAGCCACCUUUGGGGCCAUCAAUGGGGCCAAAGGAGAUGUGGAGUCCUGGCCUGGGACACCCGGGACAGAGCCACCAUACCCAGUUACCUCCCUCCAUGAGGGUCUCCCAGGAACCAAGUCAGCCAGUGGGGGUAUGGGAGCGGGGCCAGGAGGCCUAGGAGGGUCUCCUGUAUUAGCCGGGAAUCUUCCCGAACCUCUGUACGCUGGCAAUGCCUGUGGGGGGCCAUCUGGAGGGCCAGAGUAUGGUCCUGGAUAUGGUGGGGGGUACCUUGCCACUGGGUACUGUGGGCAAGCUAGUGCAGCUUUGCCCCCACCACCUUCAGCAGGGCUCUUACAGCCACCUCCUCCCCCUGCCUACGGCCCCUCCAGCUCCCUGUACAACUACCCCUCAGGGGGCUACCCAGCCCAGCCUGGAUUUGGGGGCCUCCCCCCACCCCCACCCCCUACCCCUUACCUUUCCUCGGGUCUGGCAACACCCACUCCCUUGCCCCCACCAGCCCCUGCCCCACCUGCAGCCUACAGUUUCCAGCCCCCCCCACCAGGGAGUGAGCCAGGCAUUUCACUAAAGCGCAAGGCAUUUGAUGAAGGUGGGGAAGGCCGAUACCACAAGUAUGGUUAUGAGCCCACUAAGCCCCCCAUCCCCGAUGGUCCCCCCUACCCUCCUUCAAACAACAAUGGUGAAUGCCAAGGCAACAGUUUCCGAGGGAAGCUGCCAGGGACCAGAGAGGAGGUAUCAGGAAAGUACAGUGGUAGUGGGGGUCCUUCUCUUAAGGUGUUGGGCUCUCCAGCCUACACCCCACACCAAGAGUCCUUUGAGAAGUUCCCAGAGCGGGUGUCGGUGGAGCGAGGGCUGGCUCCACCAUCUCGGGGAGGCUUUGCUGUCCCGGGAGAGCCUCCCACGGGUGUGGACCCUGUGGCUCUGGAGCUAGUGACCAGCAAGAUGGUGGACUGUGGCCCCCCAGUGCAAUGGGCUGACAUCGCCGGGCAGGGCCCCCUCAAGGCCGCCCUCGAAGAGGAGCUGGUGUGGCCCAUGUUGAGACCGGCCACAUAUUCACGUGGGCCUUGCCCACCUCGGACUCUGCUGCUUUUUGGCCCUCGGGGUGCAGGCAAGUCCCUCCUGGGCCGGUGCCUCUCCACUCAGCUGGGCUCCAUGCUGCUGCGCCUGAGUGGGGCAGCCUUGGCAGCCCAGGGUGCAGGGGAGGGUGGGCGGCUCCUCCAGGCUGCCUUCUUUGCCGCCCGAUGCCGUCCACCCGCUGUGCUGGUGAUCAGCGAGCUGGAAGCCCUUCUGCCUGCCCAGGAUGAGGCCCCCGCCUCUGGAAGCCUACAGGCCCAGCUCCUGGCUUACCUGGAUGGAGGGGGUGGCACCAGUGGGGAGGGGGUGGUGGUGGUGGGCACCACCCCCCGACCUGGGGCAUUGGAUGAGGCUGCCCGGCGGCGCUUCGCUCACCGAUUCUAUGUGUCCCUCCCUGAUGCAUCUGCCCGUGGGCAGAUCCUCCAGCGGGUACUGGCCCAGCAGGGCUGUGGGCUGAGUGAGGGGGAGCUUUCAGCUCUGGUGCGGGGCACACAGGGAUACUCAGGGGGUGAGCUGGUACAGCUGUGCCAGCAGGCAGUGGCCAGAGCUGGGGCUGGAGCUGGGGGGGGCCUCCCAGGGUUGCAGCCAGCCCCCUCCUACAAAGACUUUGAGGCAGCCUUGGCCAAAGUGUGUCCCCAAGCCUCCCCCAAGGAGUUGGACUUGUAUGCAGAAUGGGACAAGAUGUAUGGCUCAGGACACUAAUGGAUGGGGGAGGGGGUGCCCCCUCCCACCCCUCUCCUUAGCAGGGAGCAUUGACUACUUUGGUAUGUAACCAGGCCGGA